AUGGCGGCUCCAGGGACGUGGCUGGUGCUGGUGGUGGUCGCAGUUUCCGCCGCAAGCGCCGAGGUCGUCAGCUUCGGCCACUGCCCCGAGUACAGGGUGAAUGGCACAGUGCAGCCGAGGCGGUGUUCGGUGCAGACAGCAAUGGUGCACCCGUGCAAGGAGGCGAGCAGCCACCGGCCAUGUAAGGUGCGCCAGACCAAGUCGGCUGGCAUCUCCUUCACCUACACCACAGGUGAGGGACCAGUCUCCUUCACCUACACCACAGGUGAGGGCCCAGUCUCCUUCACUUACAACGCAGAUGAGGCCAUUAUCACCUUCACUUACAGCUCAGGUGAGGGCCCCAUCUAUUUCACCUACACAAUGACUGAGGGCCCCAUCUCCUUCACCACAGGUGAGGGACCCAUCUCCUUCACCCACACCACAGGUGAGGGCCCAGUCUCCUCACUUACAACACAGGUGAGGGACCCAUCUCCUUCACCCACACCAAAGGUGAGGGCCCAGUCUCCUCACUUACAACACAGCUCAGGUGAGGGCCCCAUCUAUUUCACCCACACAAUAACUGAGGGCCCCAUCUCCUUCACCACAGGUAAGGGCCCUAUCUCCUUCACCUACACAAUAGCUCAGGGCCUCAUCUUCAUCUACACAGGUGAGGGACCCAUCUCCUUCACCCACACCAUAGGUGAGGGCCCAUUCUCCUCACUUACAACACAGGUGAGGGCCCAGUCUCCUUCACCUACAACACAGGUGAGGGCCCAGUCUCCUUCACCCCCACCACAGGUGAGGGCCCAAACCUACACCACAGGUGAGAGCCCAGUCUCCUUUACCUACACCACAGGUGAGGGCCCAGUCUCCUUCACCUACACCACAAGUGAGGGCCCAGGCUCCGUCACCCACACCACAGGUGAGGGCCCGGUCUCCUUCACCCACACCACAGGUGAGGGCCCAGUCUCCUUAACCUACACCACAGGUGAGGGCCCAGUCUCCUCCACCUACACCACAGGUGAGGGCCCAGUCUCCUUCACCUACACCACAGGUGAGGGCCAGUCUCCUUCACCCGCAGCACAGGUGAGGGCCCAGUCUCCUUCACCUACAACACAGGUGAGGGCCCAGUCUCCUUCACCCCCACCACAGGUGAGGGCCCAAACCUACACCACAGGUGAGAGCCCAGCCUCCUUCACCUACACCACAGGUGAGGGCCCAGUCUCCUUCACCUACACCACAAGUGAGGGCCCAGGCUCCGUCACCCACACCACAGGUGAGGGCCCGGUCUCCUUCACCCACACCACAGGUGAGGGCCCAGUCUCCUUAACCUACACCACAGGUGAGGGCCCAGUCUCCUCCACCUACACCACAGGUGAGGGCCCAGUCUCCUUCACCUACACCACAGGUGAGGGCCAGUCUCCUUCACCCACACCACAGGUGAGGGCCCAGUCUCCUUCACCUACACCUCAGGUGAGGGCCCAGUCUCCUUCACCUACAACACAGGUGAGGGCCCAGUCUCCUUCACCCCCACCACAGGUGAGGGCCCAAACCUACACCACAGGUGAGAGCCCAGUCUCCUUCACCUACACCACAGGUGAGGGCCCAGUCUCCUUCACCUACACCACAAGUGAGGGCCCAGGCUCCGUCACCCACACCACAGGUGAGGGCCCGGUCUCCUUGACCCACACCACAGGUGAGGGCCCAGACUCCUCACUUACAACACAGGUGAGGGCCCAGUCUCCUUCACCUACACCACAGGUGAGGGCCCAGUCUCCUUCACCUACACCACAGGUGAGGGCCCAGUCUCCUUCACCUACAACACAGGUGAGGGCCCAGUCUCCUUCACCCCCACCACAGGUGAGGGCCCAAACCUACACCACAGGUGAGAGCCCAGUCUCCUUCACCUACUCCACAGGUGAGGGCCCAGUCUCCUUCACCUACACCACAAGUGAGGGACCCAUCUCAUUCACCCACACCACAGGUGAGGGCCCAGUCUCCUUCACCUACACCACAGGCGAGGGCCCAGUCUCCUUCACCUACACCACAGGUGAGAGCCCAGUUUCCUUCACUUACAACACAGAUGAGGCCAUUAUCACCUUCACUUACAGCUCAGGUGAGGGCUCCAUCUAUUUCACCUACACAAUGACUGAGGGCCCCAUCUCCUUCACCACAGGUGAGGGCCCAGUCUCCUUCACCAACACCACAGGUGAGAGCCCAGUCUCCUUCACUUACAACACAGAUGAGGCCAUUAUCACCUUCACGUACAGCUCAGGUGAGGGCCCCAUCUAUUUCACCUACACAAUGACUGAGGGCCCCAUCUCCUUCACCACAGGUGAGGGACCCAUCUCCUUCACCCACACCACAGGUGAGGGCCCAGUCUCCUCACUUACAACACAGGUGAGGGACCCAUCUCCUUCACCCACACCACAGGUGAGGGCCCAAUCUCCUCACUUACAACACAGGAGAGGGUCCAGUCUCCUAACAUACACCACAAAUGAGGGCCCAGUCUCCUUCACCUACACCACAGGUGAGAGGCCAGUCUCCUUCAUUUACAACACAGAUGAGGCCAUUAUCACCUUCACUUACAGCUCAGGUGAGGGCCCCAUCUAUUUCACCUACACAAUGACUGAGGGCCCCAUCUCCUUCACCACAGGUGAGGGCCCAGACUCCUCACUUACAACACAGGUGAGGGCCCAGUCUCCUUCACCUACACCACAGGUGAGGGCCCAGUCUCCUUCACCUACAACACAGGUGAGGGCCCAGUCUCCUUCACCCCCACCACAGGUGAGGGCCCAAACCUACACCACAGGUGAGAGCCCAGUCUCCUUCACCUACACCACAGGUGAGGGCCCAGUCUCCUUCACCUACACCACAAGUGAGGGCCCAGGCUCCGUCACCCACACCACAGGUGAGGGCCCGGUCUCCUUCACCCACACCACAGGUGAGGGCCCAGUCUCCUUAACCUACACCACAGGUGAGGGCCCAGUCUCCUCCACCUACACCACAGGUGAGGGCCCAGUCUCCUUCACCUACACCACAGGUGAGGGCCAUGUCUCCUUCACCUAUCCCACAGGUGAGAGCCCAGUCUCCUUCACCUACACCACAGGUGAGGGCCCAGUCUCCUUCACCACCACCACAGGUGAGGGACCAGUCUCCUUCACCUACACCACAGGUGAGGGCCCAGUCUCCUUCACUUACAACGCAGAUGAGGCCAUUAUCACCUUCACUUACAGCUCAGGUGAGGGCCCCAUCUAUUUCACCUACACAAUGACUGAGGGCCCCAUCUCCUUCACCACAGGUGAGGGCCCAGUCUCCUUCACCUACACCACAGGUGAGAGCCCAGUCUCCUUAACUUACAACACAGAUGAGCCCAUUAUCACCUUCACUUACAGAUCAGGUGAGGGCCCCAUCUAUUUCACCUACACUAUGACUGAGGGCCCCAUCUCCUUCACCACAGGUGAGGGCCCAGUCUCCUUCACCUACACCACAGGUGAGAGCCCAGUCUCGUUCACUUGCAACACAGAUGAGGCCAUUAUCACCUUCACUUACAGCUCAGGUGACGGCCCCAUCUAUUUCACCCACACAAUAACUGAGGGCCCCAUCUCCUUCACCACAGGUAAGGGCCCUAUCUCCUUCACCUACACAAUAGCUCAGGGCCUCAUCUUCAUCUACACAGGUGAGGGCCCAGUCUCCUUCACCUACACCACAGGCGAGGGCCCAGUCUCCUUCACCUACACCACAGGUGAGAGCCCAGUUUCCUCCACUUACAACACAGAUGAGGCCAUUAUCACCUUCACUUACAGCUCAGGUGAGGGCUCCAUCUAUUUCACCUACACAAUGACUGAGGGCCCCAUCUCCUUCACCACAGGUGAGGGCCCAGUCUCCUUCACCAACACCACAGGUGAGAGCCCAGUCUCCUUCACUUACAACACAGAUGAGGCCAUUAUCACCUUCACAUACAGCUCAGGUGAGGGCCCCAUCUAUUUCACCUACACAAUGACUGAGGGCCCCAUCUCCUUCACCACAGGUGAGGGCCCAGACUCCUCACUUACAACACAGGUGAGGGCCCAGUCUCCUUCACCUACACCACAGGUGAGGGCCCAGUCUCCUUCACCUACACCACAGGUGAGGGCCCAGUCUCCUUCACCUACAACACAGGUGAGGGCCCAGUCUCCUUCAUCCCCACCACAGGUGAGGGCCCAAACCUACACCACAGGUGAGAGCCCAGUCUCCUUCACCUACACCACAGGUGAGGGCCCAGUCUCCUUCACCUACACCACAAGUGAGGGCCCAGGCUCCGUCACCCACACCACAGGUGAGGGCCCGGUCUCCUUCACCCACACCACAGGUGAGGGCCCAGCCUCCUUCACCUACACCACAGGCGAGGGCCCAGUCUCCUUCACCUACACCACAGGUGAGAGCCCAGUUUCCUUCACUUACAACACAGAUGAGGUCUUUAUCACCUUCACUUACAGCUCAGGUGAGGGCUCCAUCUAUUUCACCUACACAAUGACUGAGGGCCCCAUCUCCUUCACCACAGGUGAGGGACCCAUCUCCUUCACCUACACCACAGGUGAGGGCCCAGUCUCCUCACUUACAACACAGGUGAGGGCCCAGUCUCCUUCACCUACAACACAGGUGAGGGCCCAGUCUCCUUCACCCCCACCACAGGUGAGGGCCCCAACCUACACCACAGGUGAGAGCCCAGUCUCCUUCACCUACACCACAGGUGAGGGCCCAGUCUCCUUCACCUACACCACAAGUGAGGGCCCAGGCUCCAUCACCCACACCACAGGUGAGGGCCCGGUCUCCUUCACCCACACCACAGGUGAGAGCCCAGUCUCCUUCACCUACACCACAGGUGAGGGCCGAGUCUCCUUCACCUACACCACAGGUGAGGGCCCAGUCUCCGUCACCUACACCACAGGUGAGGGCCCAGUCUCCUUCACCUACCCCACUGGUGAGGGCCCAGUCUCCUUCACCUACCCCACAGAUGAGAGCCCAGUCUCCCUCACCUACACCACAGGUGAGGCCACAGUCUCCUUCACCCACACACAGGUGAGGGCCCAGUCUCCUUCACCUACACCACGGGUGACGGCCCAGUCUCCUUCACCCACACCACAGGUGAGAGCCAAGUCUCCUUCACCUACACCACAGGUGAAGGCCCAGUCUAAUUCACCUACACCACAAGUGAGGGCCCAGGCUCCGUCACCCACACCACAGGUGAGGGCCCGGUCUCUUUCACCCACACCACAGGUGAGGGCCCAGUCUCCUUCACCUACACCACAGGUGAGGGCCCAGUCUCCUUCACCUACACCACAGGUGAGGGCCAUGUCUCCUUCACCUACACCACAGGUGAGGGCCCAGUCUCCUUCACCCACACCACAGGUGAGGUCCCAAACCUACACCACAGGUGAGAGCCCAGUCUCCUUCACCUACACCACAGGUGAGGGCCCAGUCUCCUUCACCUACACCACAAGUGAGGGCCCAGGCUCCGUCACCCACGCCACAGGUGAGGGCCCGGUCUCCUUCACCCACACCACAGGUGAGGGCUCAGUCUCCGUCACCCACACCACAGGUGAGGGUCCAGUCUCCUUCACCCACACCACAGGUGAGGGCUCCGUCUCCUUCACCUACACCACCGGUGAGGGUCCAGUGUCCUUCACCUACCCCACAGGUGAGAGCCCAGUCUCCUUCACCUACACCACAGGUGAGGGCCGAGUCUCCUUCACCUACACCACAGGUGAGGGCCCAGUCUCCUUCACCUACACCACAGGUGAGGGCCCAGUCUCCUUCACCUACCCCACUGGUGAGGGCCCAGUCUCCUUCACCUACCCCACAGAUGAGAGCCCAGUCUCCUUCACCUAUACCACAGGUGAGGCCACAGUAUCCUUCACCCACACACAGGUGAGGGCCCAGUCUCCUUCACCUACACCAAAGGUGACGGCCCAGUCUCCUUCACCCACACCACAGGUGAGAGCCCAGUCUCCUUCACCUACAACACAGGUGCGGGCCCAGUCUCCUUCACCUACAACACAGGUGAGGGCCCAGUCUCCUUCACCCCCACCACAGGUGAGGGCCCAAACCUACCCCACAGGUGAGAGCCAAGUCUCCUUCACCUACACCACAGGUGAGGGCCCAGUCUCCUUCACCUACACCACAAGUGAGGGCCCACGCUCCGUCACCCACACCACAGGUGAGGGCCCGGUCUCUUUCACCCACACCACAGGUGAGGGCCCAGUCUCCUAA